CCCGAAUCCUACCCUUCUCCAAGUUCAAGUCUAAUCUUACAGAAGCUUGAGUUCUGCUGACCUCAUCCCUCAGUCUAGCAUUCAACUUGGCCAAAUCGUUCGUGAGACGUUCAUGCGAAGCUCGGGUCGUAGCUGAUUCCGUUGAAUCUGCGGAUAUGAGUUCUGAUCGAAGUUUUGCGAAAUCUACUUUCUGGGUAUACGUUGCUUUCGCUUGGUCUUCCCUUAAAACCAUAGUUCGAGUCAAGUUUUGAAUGCUGUCGCAAAGUCAAUAACGCAAUCAAAUCUAUUGGAAUCAUGAUUGAAUUGACCUUUCUUCAAUCACAUCGCUAAGCACUUUCAUCAUAGCAACUGACUGAGCCUCUGUAAAACCUUCUUCCUGCAAUCGCUGUACAAACUUCAAGGUAUCGAAGUGGUGGUCUCUCCACCUUGGGGUUGUGGCAUGGAAAGCUCGACGAUGCACCGGAUUCUGCAGUAUAGUUGGUUUUCGUGCAGCGAGCUCAUUCUUGUUUUGUCUGGCAUAAAUUGCUCUUGACGAGGGAGUUGUCUGAUUUGACAGGCCAUUGUAACUGCAGACGGCAGUGCUUAUCGUUCGGAUUUGGUGAGUUGGGGCCGUUUGCCAGCUCAACUUUGGGAGGAGAAAGCGUGGUAAAGCCUGCGCUGCAUUUAGUCCAAGAUUUGCCAUUGCUGCAAAUACCAAUUGGCGGCUUUUUGUGCUGAGGUUGAAGCGUUGUGUCUUUGUUGGAAAGUUGAGGUGGGCUUCACCUUCCGCCUUAAGUUGGAUCAUAAGAAUGGCCCCGAGCCUGCGUUCGCUCCCACAUCCCGGCAAAGCUUGAUCUCGGCGGCAUUGACUCACCACAAACUUUUGAGCAUCAAAACCUCGAAAUACGCCUACGCCCCCACGAUCCUCCCCACCACGAAUCUCCCCACCCUCAUCGAAGGUUGGAUACCCAAACUCUGCUGUAUCAGGCAAUUCUUCAGCCCUUCCGCGAAGCCGGUCCCAUCCCACCGAAAGGCCGUUGAGUUUACCCCGCCACAAGGUACUCUUACCUUUACAAAACCACAUCAAACCACCCAACAUGGCGGCGAACGGCGAUAAAUACGGCAACGACCUAGACUCUGAUUCCGACUCUGGCCCAGGUUCCCCAGGGUUUGAGGCACAAAACGAUUUUGAUGACAACGUUCCAGAGAUUGAGGAUAAGCCAGUGAAAUCUGCGCUGAAAAAAGACCAGAAGCAUGCUGCGCCAGCCAUCGCACGCCCCAUACUCCCUCCUCAAACGGAGCCAAAAGAUUUGGAUGUAAAGACUCUGAAUCCUCUCACGCCCGAAAUCAUCGCACGACAGGCAACCAUCAACAUCGGAACUAUUGGGCACGUCGCGCACGGAAAAUCCACAGUGGUAAAGGCUAUCUCAGGUGUCCAGACGGUCAGGUUUAAGAACGAGCUGGAGCGAAACAUUACUAUCAAGCUUGGUUAUGCCAAUGCCAAAAUCUACAAGUGCGACAACGAGGAAUGCCCAAGACCGACAUGCUUCAGGAGUUAUAAGAGCGAGAAGGAGGUUGAUCCCCCGUGUGAGAGAGAUGGCUGCGCGGGUACAUACAGAUUGCUCAGACACGUUUCGUGCGUAUAUCCUUUUGUAUACAUGGAUAAGUUCUAACCCAUACAGCUUCGUCGAUUGCCCUGGUCACGAUAUUCUCAUGAGCACUAUGUUGUCAGGUGCAGCUGUUAUGGACGCCGCUCUCCUACUUAUUGCAGGAAACGAAACCUGCCCACAACCUCAAACCUCCGAGCAUCUUGCAGCUAUUGAAAUCAUGAAGCUCAACAAGAUCAUCAUUCUCCAGAACAAGGUGGAUCUCAUGAAGGAGGAGAGCGCAAAUCAGCACUAUCAAUCGAUCUUGAAAUUCAUCCGAGGAACUGUUGCUGGAGGUUCCCCCAUCAUUCCAAUUUCAGCGCAACUGAAAUUUAACAUUGAUGCUAUCAAUGAGGCAAUUGUCUCCACCAUCCCAGUUCCCCCAAGAGAUUUCACCAUGGACCCUCAUAUGAUCGUUAUUCGGUCUUUUGAUGUCAACAAGCCAGGUGCUGAAAUUGAUGAGCUAAAGGGAGGUGUUGCGGGUGGAUCCAUUCUUCACGGUGUCCUGAAGCUUGGUGACGAGAUUGAAAUUCGACCUGGAAUUGUUACACGUGACGAUAAGGGAGCCAUUAAGUGCACGCCUAUUUUCAGCAGAAUUGUCACUCUCAACUCGGAGAAUAACGAUUUGAAAUACGCAGUACCUGGUGGGUUGAUCGGUGUUGGUACCCGAAUUGAUCCAACUCUCUGUCGUGCUGAUCGUUUGGUUGGUUUCGUUCUUGGUCUCAAGGGCCGCUUACCAGAUAUCUACACCGAGAUUGAAGUCAAUUACUUCCUUCUCCGUCGUCUUUUGGGUGUCAAGACUGCUGAUGGAAAACAAGCCAAGGUGGCUAAGCUUGCCAAGAAUGAAGUGUUGAUGGUAAAUAUUGGAUCAACGGCCACCGGAGCCAAGGUCGUUGCUGUCAAGAACGAUGCGGCGAAGUUGGUUUUGACCAGUCCUGCAUGCACUAACAUUGGUGAGAAGGUGGCUCUGAGUCGUCGUAUUGAGAAGCAUUGGCGUUUGAUGUAAGUAGCCGCCGCAUCUCCCCUCUUGAAAGUAGCAACUAACCGACGCUGUGUAGUGGUUGGGCCAAUAUUGUUUCUGGUGUUACCCUCGACCCAUCCACUGCUUAAUCAUCCUACGACACAUUUCAGGACCAUUAGGGUCGAAAAUUCAGCAUACUUUUGGAGUUGUUAGAGGGGGGGCAAAAGUUAGCUUGAUCUGAUGAAGAUGACGAA